AUGUUUUCGCCGCUAGCCCGCGGAAAAGCUGGCUGGGAUGGUGGUCUUGAAUUUGAAGAUGGCUUGGAUCACACGGUACGACAAAAACUGCUCUUUUCCUUUCGGGUUUCUUUCUGUUUUGAAAUGAUCAUUCAAUCUAUGCCGAAAUCUGCAUGCACGAUGAAACUCGUCUGGUUUUGCUUAGCGUAGAAUUACACAGCGCGAUCAAGGGCAAGGGGAUUGAAAUUCUGGGAAAAUUGAUAAUGGCAGACUGUUUCACUUUAGAUGCGGGUGAAUUCAACACCUUUAAGUUUUGUUUAUCAAUGUAAGGCGCUUAGAGCUUUCAACCCUGGUCGGUCUCGUUUCAUACAAACCGGCUUAAAGCCUGAUCUUUGAAUAACUUUUUGGCGCAUCUGCAGUUCGUUUUGGUGCUCUGAAUAAUUGGACCAAAAUAUUGUAGAGGACUGAGAAAUUUGAGACGGUGCAAGUAGAAGUAAUAAUUUACAAAAACCGUCUGGCUGAUAAUUGAUCGUGUUCGUAAAUUAUUACAUAAGUUCUAACUCCAAACAGAACGAAAGAACGGAAAAUUCGAAGUUUAGGUCCGUAUACGUGAACAAUGCUUCUCAUAAUUGUGUGGCAAAACAUAAAAAAGGUGAAAAUAAUUAGAGGUAAGUUGACAAGAGUAAUUUAAGAGCAGAAUGUAAACGGCAGGAGCACCAUAUUUGAACAAUUACCCAAAAAGGACCAAAAAGACACCCCAGUGUGCAAACAUAGGUAAUUUUACUUAAUGAAAUGUCAGAGCAACCAAGCUGAGUGUCAUCUUGUUUAACAUUAAUUUAGCCGCUAAAAGAAACAAAACUACAUCAACCUUCGACCGUUACCGUAUUUUCAUGCACCAGUAAUUUCGUUUUCAAAGUUAUGACUUUCCAGUAAUAUUAAUCAUUGUGAUCAAGGUAUAAAAAAUUUUCUAUUUUUCAGGCUGUAGAUUUGGACACUGACAUAAAUGGAUAAUUUUUCGUGAACAACACUUAAAAAAAUGCUGGCAGAAAAAAUAUUGCCAAAAUAUAUGAUUGGGAUGCUUUUCAAAUUGUGCAUAAUAAUAUCUUGAGGAACAUGGCAUUCAUAUGAUUUUUCAGUGUUUUAUGUAAUUAUAUGUCAAAAUAAAGAGGAGGGCGAGUGCUUCAUUAUAGCUGGGUGCUUUCAUCUGUUUCAAGGUGUUUGGAACUGGUGAUGAAGCACAUAUAGUCCAAGUUUUUGAUGUCUUUUCAAAUGAAAUAAUAAGAAAUUAUGACAUGUCAGCGUGCAAAGAAAGUCGUGUCCGAUAGCCCGGGGCUAGUGGAUUUUGUUAUCGGGCUAUUGAUUUUUGUUCUUAACUUGCCCAGCGGGCAAGUGCUGUUUCUUUUGGGAAAUUCAAAUCACAGGAUUGUAAUCAAUCCUGCUAAUUCAAAAGGGUUUUGGGGCUAGCUACAGCUUGCCCUAAUGGCAGCCUGUAAAACUCACUUUCUUUGCACCCUGCAUGUUUUCUCUGGUAUGCAUUGUUUCAUGAGUUGUGUUAAUCAACAAAACAUCUCAUUUAAAUGCGAGUGUUUGAUCUCAGAUGAAAAACAUGUUUCAUGUCAGAUGAAAACCUGGUGGUGUUUUGUCCGAUGUUUUGUCAGAUUUAUCCACCUGAUCUAAAUGGUCAUCAUUAAUAUUGGCUUUUGACUGCAGUGAAUAAUUAAUGAAAUCUAGUACAUCAGUUACAAUACAUAAAUACAAAUUAUACAAUUUAUUGAUUCUCCCCAAGGGGCUUUUCAGAAUAUUAAGUAAUUUUCAGAAUUAUAUAUGUAUUGAUCGUAUUUCAUUCUUGUUUUCCAGUCUCCUAUAGAGCCUCUUUUUCCUCAGUUACUAAAUCAUACAUCACCUCGUCACAAGUCUGCCAAGUCUACUGGCAGUUUUGUUUUGGAUGAUGGACAACUUUCCCUCCCAAAGACAUUUGUCACUCGCAAGGGUGCUAUUCUCCUUUUUACCCCAAGUGAUGAUCUUCAUUGCCAUGGUAAUGUGGAGAGCCACCUUAAAAAGGAGAGUGUGUAUGAAGCAGGGCUAAAACUAGGAACUUUGGGAAAUUUGACCCACUCAGUGCUUGAGUUUGGAAAAGAGGUGAGCUUUCAAAAAUCUUGACUAAAACUAACCGUCAAUUAACCACUGUAUAGCAUGAAACUAUCUGUUAUUUUGAUGAUUUGUUAAUUAUUAAUCUGUUUUUGUUGGUGUGUCUGUUUUGUUUUGUUCUUUGUUCUGGCAGAUGUUAGAGUGAGAUAGGUAUCAAAGUUAUUGGAACAUACUCAUUGAUUUUCAUCACUUUUGCUUUAAUAAAACAAAAAUACUUUAUCUCUGCAUUCUAGCUAGACACUUUCUUUCCACAGCUGUCAGCUUAAAUGAUCUGUUUCCUUUCUUUGUUCCCUUUAAAGUUAAGGUAACUUUCUGAGGCACACAGGGUAAUCUCCUCUUUAACAUAAUUAUUUUCAAAACAUUUUUUUUAUUUAUUUUGGACUUCACCCUAUUUUUUGAAUUUAGGAUGAAGAGGCUUGGGAGGGCAGCGUCGUGGACAGUCCAAAGCAAACAUCACUAAAAGGGAAUCUGGAGAAAAGAGACAAAACACUGUUUUUAAAAUUUCUUCACUACCUUGACUCAGAAAACCUGACAGCAGAUAAAAAUGUUCAGCCAGGUGCUGACCCAGAUUACUACCUUGAAGAGCUUAAAAAAACCAGGUCUGUAAUGUAA